GGCAGAGCCGCGCCCGCGGAGCAGCGCGGCCGGGCCACGAUGCUGCUGCCGCCGCCGCCGCUGCUGCUGCUGCUGCUGGGCGCCGCGCUGGCCCCGGGCAGCGCCUUCAACCUGGACGUGGAGCGCCCGGCCGUCUACUCGGGCCCGGCCGGCAGCUACUUCGGCUUCGCCGUGGACUUCUUCGCCCCCGACCCGCUCUCGACAUAUCUUCUGGUGGGAGCUCCCAAAGCCAACACUAGCCAGCACAACAUCGUAGAGGGAGGGCAGGUGCUCAAGUGCAGCUGGAACUCCAACAGGAACUGCCAGCCCAUUGUGUUUGAUGCCACAGGUAACAGAGACUUUGCUCCUGGUGAUCCAUUAGAAUUUAAGUCUCAUCAGUGGUUUGGAGCCUCUGUGAGAUCCCAAAAUGACAAAAUCCUGGCCUGUGCCCCUCUGUACCACUGGAGAACUGAAACAAAACAAGAGAGAGAACCUGUAGGAACAUGUUACCUGCUUGCUGGGUCCAAAUUUGUGGAAUAUGCUCCCUGCAGGUCAACAACUAUUGAUGCAGAUGGACAGGGAUUUUGUCAAGGUGGAUUUAGCAUUGACUUCACAAAGGGAGACAGGGUGCUGCUGGGAGGACCUGGAAGUUUUUACUGGCAAGGCCAGCUGAUUUCUGACAGAGUGACAGAGAUUGUGGCAAAGUAUGACUCCAAAGUCUACAGCACCAAGUAUGAUGACCAGCUAGCCACCAGGCCUGCCAGUGCUGCUUUUGAUGACAGCUACUUGGGUUAUUCAGUGGCUGUUGGAGACUUCAAUGAUGAUGGCAUUGAAGACUUCGUGUCAGGAGUCCCACGGGCAGCAAGAACUCUGGGCAUGGUGUCCAUUUACAAUGGGAAAAACAUGUCCUCCAUGUACAACUUCACUGGAGAGCAGAUGGCUGCCUAUUUUGGGUAUUCGGUGGCUGCCACAGAUAUUGAUGGGGACAAUUACACAGAUCUGUUUAUUGGAGCCCCUCUUUUUAUGGAUCGAAGCUCAGAUGGGAAGCUUCAGGAGGUUGGCCAAGUAACCAUCUGCCUUCAGCGAGCCUCAGGAUGGUUUCAGACAGCAAAGCUGAAUGGCUUUGAGAUCUUUGCGCGGUUCGGGAGCUCCAUCGCGCCCCUGGGGGACCUGGAUCAGGAUGGCUUCAAUGACGUUGCAGUUGCCGCUCCAUAUGGUGGAGAGGACAAGAGAGGGCUGGUGUACAUCUACAACGGAGGAGCGAGUGGUUUGAAUGCCAUCCCAUCCCAGGUCCUGGAAGGGCAGUGGGCUGCUCGCACCAUGCCCCCCAGCUUUGGGUACUCCCUGAAAGGAGCCACAGAUGUAGACAAAAAUGGAUAUCCAGACUUGAUUGUUGGAGCCUUUGGUGUUGACACAGCUGUUCUGUACAGGGCAAGACCAGUUAUUAGAGUAAAUGCUGCCCUGGAAGUUAAUCCAACCAUUCUAAACCCAGAAAACAAAGCCUGUUCACUGGGAGAUGUAAAGGUUUCUUGCUUCAAAGUGAAGUUCUGCUUAAAGGCAGACGGCAAAGGAAAGCUCCCCAACUCGCUCAAUUUCCAGGUGGAGCUGCUGCUGGACAAGCUGAAGCAGAAAGGAGCCAUCAGGAGAGCUCUGUUUCUGCACAGCAAACAGCCCAGCCACUCCAAGAACAUGACCAUUACUAAGGGGGGCAAAAUGAACUGCGAGGAACUCGAUGCCUUCUUGAGGGAUGAAUCUGAGUUCAGAGACAAGCUGACUCCCAUCACCAUUUUCAUGGAAUAUCGUCUGGAUUACAAAACAGCUGCAGAUGCCACAGGACUGCACCCUAUCCUCAACCAGUUCACUCCUGCCAACAUGAGCAGACAGGCCCAUAUCCUGCUGGAUUGUGGGGAUGAUAACAUCUGCAAACCAAAGCUGGAGGUGUCAGUAGAAAGUGACCAGAAGCAGAUCUACAUUGGUGAUGACAACCCCCUGACCCUGAUUGUCAGUGCCCAGAACCAGGGGGAGGGAGCCUAUGAGGCCGAGCUCUUUGUGCUGGUUCCUCCCCAGGCGGAUUUCAUCGGCGUCGUCCGCAACAACGAGGCUUUGGCCAGACUGUCAUGUGCUUUUAAAACAGAGAAUCAGACUCGCAUGGUGGUUUGUGACCUGGGCAACCCCAUGAAAGCAGGAACUAAGCUCCUGGCUGGCCUGCGUUUCAGCGUGCACCAGCAGUCUGAGAUGGACACCUCUGUCAAGUUCGACUUGCAGAUCCGGAGUUCCAACCUGUAUGACAACCUGAGCCCAGUAGCAUAUUAUCAGGCUGACCUUGCUAUUUCAGCAGCUGUUGAAAUUAGAGGUGUCUCAUCCCCUGACCACAUAUUCCUUCCCAUUGCAAACUGGCAGCCCAAGGAGAACCCUGAAACAGAAGAUGACAUUGGGCCUCUGGUUCAGCACAUCUACGAGCUGAGAAACAAUGGUCCAAGUGCAUUCAGCAAGGUGAUGAUGACUCUGCAGUGGCCUUACAAAUACAAAAACAACACGCUCUUGUACAUUGUGCAGUAUGAAAUUGAUGGUCCCAUGAACUGCACUUCUGACAUGGAAAUCAACCCACUGAAAAUUAAGGUUUCUGCUCCCAAGGAAGACGAGAGGAACGAGACCCUUGGCAGGGAGGAGCAGCGCGGGCACCGCGUCAGCCGGAGGGNUGCACACCCUGAACACCCUUCCUAUUUUUAUACACAGGGCUGUGGAACUGCUGACUGUUUAAAGAUUGUCUGCCAAGUUGGCCACCUGGAGAGGGGAAAGAGUGCAAUAUUGUAUUUAAAAUCACGCCUUUGGACCCAAACUUUCAUGAAUAAAGAAAAUCAGAAUCAUUCCUACUCUCUGAAAUCAUCUGCUUCCUUCAGUGUUAUAGAGUUCCCUUAUAAGAACCUUUCCUUUGAAGAUAUUCACAAUUCUACAGUUGUUGCUACAAAUAUCACAUGGGGCAUUCAGCCCCAGCCCAUGCCUGUGCCAGUGUGGGUUAUCAUUCUGGCUGUGCUAGCAGGGUUACUGCUCCUGGCUGUUCUAGUGUUUGUCAUGUACAGGAUGGGUUUUUUCAAACGUGUGAGGCCACCUCAGGAAGAGCAAGAAAGAGAGCAGCUGCAACCACAUGAGAACGGGGAGGGAACAUCAGAAGCUUAAGCAGAGUUUUAUCUGUAAGACAUUCUGAAGUGUACACUUGCCUACAUCCUGGUUACAAAUAUUGGCUUCCCCCUUCAUGAGCAAACACUCAGCACUGCAGAGCUGCUGGUCUCUGAUGUGCAAAGCAAGGGCAAAACACUUAAACCCCUCUCCUGCAUUAAUGCUGUUCCUGCCUGCCACUAACACACCUGCACUGACCCCAGGGACAAACUCCAGUGACAGCAGUGCUGGGAUUCUGCUUGCUGGGACACAGGACACAUCAUCUUUUCUGGUCCAUGCACUGACUCUCCAUGAAUUGCUACCCAGAUUCUGCAGUUGCCCUUGGAGCCAGCAGCCUCCAGAGGUGCUGGCUGGAUUCCAUGGUUGGUUUUGGUUGGAGUACACUACAUUUCAUUGCCUAGCUCUUGAAAGUCAGUUGCACAAAAAAAACAAAGAUGAAUGUAGCUUGUUUUACAGUACUGAAGAUUGUUCUUUACCCAUUAGCUCUGAUGAUGACUUUUUUCUCCUGCUCAAGAGAUAGGAAAUAUUCAGUGGAAUCAUUCACAGCUGAUAGGUAUCUCAGUUCUGCACACCAGUCAUCUGUCUUGCGGUUUCUCUCUAGACCUUACAAACACUGUUCUCCAGGUUUUGGGGCUCUUACUGUAGGGAUUGAGCCUGCAAGCACCAAGUGAGGGACAGAAAUCUGGGGCUGAUGUACUUUCUGUGGGACAUGAGGAAAAUAUUCAGGGCAAGAUCCCAAGACUCUGCUGUGUAUUUCCACAGUGCAGGAUCCAGGUGUUCCACAGAGUUCUUGGAACCAUGGAUGCAUUCAUGCCCUGCCAGGGACAAGAUGCUGGGCUGUGGCUGCCAACAGACAUGUCUGAGAAAACCCUUGGUGCCCGCAAGUCAAACCUGUGCAGGGUUUGAAGGCUGUAAAUUACUUGGAUUGUGUUUUGGUUUCUGGCAGGGCACUGUGUGGCACAGGUUACCUGGUGCACUGCAGGGAAGAUGUCAAUCCUCACUUUUCCUGGUUGCCCAUGCCCAGGUGCAGGAUGGAGUGGCACAGGGGCUGUUCACACCAGGCUCUCUGCCAGCCACAUCCAUGGAUCUGGAUUACACCUGCACUUCAGCCACUCUCACACCUCCCUCACCUCCUGCCCCCAGAGAACAGUGAGUCCAGUGAAGCAGGGGAGAGCUGGCAGUGCACAAGGGUUCAAAAACCUUAAGGCUGAUUUGGCUUGUUUCAUUUCACUCAUUCAUUGUUCCAUGGGCUUGUUUCCUUGGAUUCAUUCAUUGUUUCAGUCCCUGCAUGUUUCAUUGCACAAGACAUUUCAUUGCACAAGACAUUUCAUUAUGUUCAAUGCAUUUCAUUGCCAGAAAAGACACUAAGUAUUUGGAUCCAUUGCUGGUUUUUGAACAUACCAAAAGGUCAGUGGUUUAAAGCCAUGGGUUUGCAUCACUCUCAGCUUAUUUCCCUCACCAAUGGUGUAGUGAAAGGGAACUUCUUACACUGACUGAGACAAGAGCAUUGUGUCUGCAUUUCAGCAGACAAGGAACUGCAGAGCAGGAGGUUGUUCAGCUCGCAGCCACAGGUUGCACAGAUCGUACAAUGGACAUACCUGAACCAUUACUAAGGUGCCUUCUAUGAGGUGUGUUUAUUCUCUUUCCCAAAAAGAGAAUAAAUUACACUAUAAAUUAUAAAUUACAUGACACUCCCUGUGUGCAGCCAGGCACACAAAGGAAAACUUCUACUGUUCUUACACCAGUGAGAUUUCUAUGUAGACAAGCUCUUGAAAGGGCAAAAACUCUGGUUUGGUUUUGUACCUUGAGGUUUUUGUUCAUAGCUGCAUCUCCCCCAUAAAUACAGCAGUGCUCACUAAAGCCAGAACUUUCUGAAAUGAGCAGUUUGUUUCAACUCUGGUUUCUGCUUCCUUUCAGGGGUUGAAAAUCCACCAAUGGCUUUUGUUAAAUCCAUUUUUACUUGCUGAUCCAUGAUGGCAUCUGAGAGCACUGAGUCUGGGGGGGCCAGUAUGUUCACCAGAUAUAGGCUUCCAUAUUUAUCCAUGUACAUGGGUUGGGUUUAGACAGUUUGUUUAGAUAAAAUUAGUUCACAUGAAAGGGUGUAGGGCAUGAUUCUGCUUUCACUGAACUUUCAAGGUCUUCAGUGUGGCUAAUAUCUUAUUUUUGUCUGUAUUUUUAGUAUUGUUACUAGUAAUGUAGUAGAGAGCCAGGAGUCAGGCUUUGAUCCUGGCCUCAAAAUGUGACUUUGGUAGAGCAGCAUUAUUUUCAGUUUCUUCCAUGGGCUUGUGGUUCGCAUGCUUUGUCAGCUGAUUAUCUGUGUGCAAGGAGCUUGGUUUUACUCAGUCUUAAUCUCAGUAGGGUAAGAGGUUUAAGAGCCUGCCAGACAGAUUAUAGCUCUAAUUCCUCCGUGUGUGCUUUCAUUACAUGUACACUCCAUGGUGACUUGAAAUUUAUUAGACUACUUGCAUGUGUAGGCUUUGUUAGGAGGUGAAAAAGAGUAUUUAAAUAAAAAUCAUGGUCAAGAUCCCUCCUGCUCACAUGGAUGGGAUACCAUAGCAUUGCUAAUGUCAGUGCUAACUGCAUCCUAAUUUUACUGGAAACUCUCUUUAUGCUGAUUUUCAGGAUAAGAAGGUACAUUUUAUUGGUACAACUGCUGUAGCUGUAGAAAGUAUCUUCCAUUUUUGAAGUUACAUAAAGUAAGACUUAUUUAAGUGAUUUUUUUAUUUCUUGCCUUCUGCUGAAGGAUGAAAACAAAUAGUUGCUUCUUUCAUGUCCAUUAAUUUCCAGUUAGGUUCAAAAGACCACAUUAGCAUAUGUAAAUGGAGUAUACAGGUUACUUAGCAUAGAUGUAACACCUCAAAUUCAACUUAAAGUAGCAUUUGUGUUUCAGGGAGAUUCCAAACUGGAAAUUUUCCUGAAUGGGGGUGCAGGAAACUUUUGAUAGUGUGUUCUAGAUUCAGCAAUAAGAGUCCAGAUUAUGUAUGUACUUGUGUCAAUAUAAAUUUUAUACUGGUUUAGAGGCAUUGAUGUAUUCUUACAGCAAGUACUGUAGAAGGAUGUUAAAGAUUUUUAAGAAACUUUAGAAAAGGUAUUUUAGAAUGAAAUUAAUGCCUUUGAGUCAAAAUUUGUAUGCACAUGGUGCAUACUGGAAGCAUUUAAAAAAUACAAGUACAGUAACAGAGAAUUAACCUUCUUUUGAGAGCUAUGUUUCAGGAGCAGAUUUUUUAUAAAUAUAAAAUCAACAGCUAUGUAAUUAUUUAGACAAUAAGAACAUUUUAAAAGAGCUAUAUCUUUUAUAAUGAAAUAUGAAUUAUCUAAAUACUCCAGUUUGCAAUUAAUGCAGCAUCUCAUGAUCAAUACUGAAAAGUGAUUUAUAUUACAGAAUGCAUAUUAUCUAUUACUAUAGUUGACAAUAUUUAGAAAAUGUAAAGCAAGGAACCUAAUUUAUAGGUUUACAUUUCUUUCAAGAAACUAUGAAAUUGUGGAAAUAGCUUUUGUUUAAGCAUGACUGUAAAGUCAAAUAUGGCUAUAUUUAUCAACAUAAUUUGAAAUCUUUGAGUAAGUUUGCCAAGUUAUCAGGGUUUUUUCUGUUUUAAAUCUUGAUCUACACAUUGAUCUCCAAUUCACAUAAUGCUUGUGGCAACUUUCUAAAGUUUCCUACGUGCGCUCUUUCUUUAUAAAACAUUUAUUCCAAGCAAAGGUAUCAAAUAUUUAGUUGUUUCUAAACUUGAGUCCAUGCUUAAAUAGUCUUAAAUGGUAUAUUGAAAAUAUUUCAGCUAUGAUCAGCAUGCCUUUGGUGAUUUGAAGGAAUCAUGCUGCACUUAGAUUUUUGCAGCAUUUGGGUUUGUUGUUGGUUACCCUGACAGAAUCCUGGAGUAUUUUAUCCUCCACUCUCCCGGACAGUCUCAGAGCAGCAUUACACUGGUUUUUGGUUAGUCUGGACCAAAGAGAAAAAAACAGGUUUUGUCUUUGGUCCAGCCUAACGUGACCCUUUGAACGUGAUUCUUUGUGUCCAGUGCUGCUGGCUGAUAAUGAUUUGGGAAAAAAAUAAAAAAUUAUUACAGAAAAACAGGACUCUGAAAAAUAAAAAGGGUGAUGGCAGGGCCCAGAGGAGAUGAUUUUGGUUUUGUUCCUGAGGCGUGCAGAGCUCUGUUGGCAGUGGCCCCUGUCACAGGCAGAUGCCACAGCUGGGAUCAUGGUUAUUGCUGAGUUCUGUGACUCCUGUGGGAUCUGGACUCCUUGGAUGGGGUCGUGGUUAUUGCUGAGCUCUGUGGCAUCUGGACUCCGUGGUACUGCGUUUUCAGUCUCCAGCCCCCAGGUGCAAUAUGCCAUGGUCCGGCCUGGCUCACUGCCAGGCCUCUGCCCACUUUUGCUGGCCUAAGAAGGGCCGUGGUAUUUCCUUCUUUGUGGUGUUUCCUUUUUUUUUUUUUUUUGUGAGGACCUUGCAGAGGCAGCGUGCUCACUGGAGGUGAUGGAUUAAUUAAUUAAUUAAUGAUGCUGUUGGAAGCCUUUGAUCACCCACAUUGGGUGAAGCUUGGUGUAUAUUCUAAAGUGUGUCCACUACUAACCCGUGAGUGCUUCAGAACUGGGACCACCUUCUUUAAGGCCACGGUGGAAAAUUUGACUAAAGACUACAGAAUAACGGGGUUGAGUCUGUAGUACUACUGCUUUUUCAUGUGGUUGUGGUAUUUAGGUCUGUUUUUUCCCAAUGUGUAGAAUUUUAACACAGCACAGGAAAUCUAACCUUUCAUGCAAUGGCUUUCUCCAGAUAUGCUGCAUUAAAGGUGAAUAACCUGACCCUUGGCUUUUGCAAAGUAAUGGAAGAUUUCAUGUAGCAUUUUGCAUCUUAAAAAAAUCCUCGUACAGGUUUUGCUUUUCUAGUCCAUGAAGGAAACCUGUAUUUGCUAUGAUACAAAUAUGCUGAAAAUGUAACAUUUUCUUUCUUCAUAAUGGAUUUUUUUGCCUUUUUUUUGUGUUUGCUUGUGCAUUAAAUCAGUAGAGCAUUAUUUGCACAAGCAGAAAAUUAACAUACUAAUGAGAGUGCUGCAUUUUAUGUUUCUUUGUCAUGCAGUAAAUACUUGCAGGAUAAAUGGGAAUAUUUUCAGUUACUAUGAACUUGUUUCAAAGGUCUUCGGUACAUUUAAGGAGAGAAAUAUACAUUUGAAGUCACCUUAUUUUGUAUUAAAUUAUAAAUUGUGCAAAGGAGUGGGUGUUGUGGCACAGUAAUUUUAUACUGAUAUGAAAUGUAUAGCUAUUAAAGCUAUGGUUUGCUUUUUAACUCAUUCUUUUCAUCCUAAUGCAAAUUUGAGUGUUUUUAUUAGGUUGUAUUUUUCUAUGUAUAUAUAUACAAUUUCAAAAUACUAUGAUUGGGUAAACUGAAAAAUGUAAUUAUUGAUUUGAUUCUGAUAUUUAGAAUUUUGGAAUAAAAUACCUCUUAAUCAACAGAAA